UGCUCCAAUUCAUACGCAGUAAAAAAAAUCUCACAAAUAUGGAAACUUUUGCGAGAGCGGUCAAAUUCAUCCGCCUUUUCAAACCCGACCCCACCCACGGCUGCAUCGCCGUCACAACCACCGACAAGCUCUCCACCUCCUCCUCUGGCUUCCCGGAAUCCUCCGUCACCGCGGCGGUGCACCGGUUUCCCGCGGUCUACUUCAAUCCCCUGAUCGAGUUCCGCUCCCGGGAGAGCGCGUCCGCCUUCUUCGCCGCCGUUGUCGGCGGGCUGAUGGGCUGGGAACGGGGAUCCGCCUUCCACAUCACCGCCGGCAUGGCGGCGCACGCCUUCGAGACCGUCGCGAGCGGGCGGUGGACCUACGGGCUGCACGUCAACGUCGAACUGGAGACGCUCAGCGUGUUCGAGGAACACUUGCCGGGAUUCUUGGAGAGCGGGCUGGUCGACGAACGGGGCAGGGAGGUUCUGGGGAAGGGGAUGCCGGAGGCGGAGAUUUCCAUGCUGAGGAAGGAGCUGUUCUGCGGCGGCGACGGGACGUGCGCCAUCUGUCUGGAGGAAUUCUGCGGCGGCGCGGUGACCACGCCGGUGUCUCCCUGUUCUCACAGGUUUCACAACAGGUGUAUUUCGACUUGGCUGAGGAAAAACAGAGCAUGUCCCAUGUGCAGGGCAAGAUGCACCGUUGAUGUCUGAUGAGUGUCCGCGGCGGCGGCGCUACCAGCCGGCGGCGGAAGUUUGGCCGAAGAUAACAUUGGAAUCUUUAAUUCUU